UGAAAUACUAUAGUAAUGUCAUCAAUAAGUGCUUGACAUUCCUGCAGCUUCACCAGCAUUUGUUUACUCAUUUCCUCCAUUGCACAGGAGGUGUUGUGUGUGGCCAUUUCUGUAAUAAUCAGCAAAACAGCUUUAUUAACCCUCUGUCAGCUUAUCCCCACGGGAGGUGAGCACUUGCCGCCAAUCUCUGCAUCUCCCAAGAAUCUGUUUUCCUGCAAAACGCUCAUAUGCCGUCCAAUUGUGCGCACACCUAUCCCUGUACUAAUUCUCCCUGAUCCUCUCAGUGUUAAAAAAUAUAAGUCUGAGAACUGCAGACGAUGCUGUAAGCGGGUGGUGAGCGCAAACUGUCAGAUUAACAAGUCUGAGCACAUGAUCAUCCACAACAUAGUCAGGAGGGCAGGCGCCCAAUUAAUGCGACCUGAUAUAGUCUCUGAUUAACACUCUGAGAAUGAUUUCUAUGAGUCGCACUUGAAAGGCACACACGCAUCCUGCUUGACUUCGGUUGACACUGUCUUUUUCAUGGAAAAGGAAGCUGAGCGUUUAGGUGUCUUACCCUGUGUCUUAAAGUGCUAACAGGGGAUUACUGAGGUAAAUGUUGAAAGAGGUUUAGUCACUGCGCUUAGGCAGUGCUCUUAAUUACAUUUCAGCAGAGUGUCCCGCAUGCAGUUGGACGAGAGAUCAUAGUGAUGUCAGGUAAGGGGGGGCUUAAGCAGGCAGAUAAAGCCAAGCUAAUAGAGAUAACAUCAAUCUGUAAUUAAAGGUCUUUUUUAGUUAAGACUAGGAGCUGGCACUUGUUGGCCAAGGCAUCUGCGGCAGGACCGGAGGCUUGAGAGUCUUUCUUGUUGCAGCUUCAGCUCAUUUUGGAAUCAUUUUUCUUGUUUGGAAUGAAUGUAUUGAUAUUUACUUCCUGACUGAGAGCCUGGACAGUUUCACAUUUCUCUGGCAGACAUUCAGAGUAUCAGACUGAAAGCAGCGACGUCACUAAAAUAUCUUACACCUGGUCUGAGUGAGUGAAGAUAAAGCACAGAACAAGUGAACAGACCGUCUGUGCAUUAAUGGUGGGGAUUUUUGGAGAUAUAUCUAACUGCAGAACCACAGAACCACAAGUCACAGCAGUUUGAGGACAACAGCGCCAGGACAACAGCAUCAGACUUUAAAGGGAAGAGGCAGUGUCAUGACCCCACGUGAACAGCUAAGGAAGAUAACAGCGCUGGGAGAGCAAGGCGCCCUAGAUGAGAAACACUGGUACCGACUGGUCAAUGGCAUGUCUGCUGGAGAGUUGCGGCAAAGGCAGGAGCUCAUGAUGAGGAACCAGAUGGCCAUGGCUCCACAGAUCUUGGCUCAGGGGCAGCAGAGACUGCAGGGUGUUCCCACACAGUUUGAUCCCCGCUUCAUGGAGAGAGAACUUGUGCCGCCCACUGAGAUGGUAUCAGCUGAUGCUAGACAAAUCCAUAUGGGUGCCCACCUCGGCCCUCCUAUGCCCCCAAACUCCAAUGUUAUUCCAGGCAGGGGAUUCCCUGGCUCAGGUUACGGCUUCCUUCCGACCGAAACAAUGGAGACGGUUGCCAGACGACAAGAGUUAAUUCACAAACAGAACAUAGCCAGGAUGGAGAUGAAUGCCAUCCUGCACCAAAAAGAGUUGGAGAACGCCCACCAAAAGGGUCUUAUUGGUAUGGAGAAUCCCAUGAUGUACCAGGGCAUCCAACCCAAUCCAAUGGCCUUCAGGGGCCGCCAGCGACUCCCAGAUGGUCAUGAUGUAUUCGUCCACCGCACCACUCUUGAAGACCUGCAUGCGAACAGUCUCCUCAUGUCAAGCCCUUACCCACCGAUCAGCACACUGCAAAGGGAGCGCGGACGCAGGACAGGCAGGAGGACCACCAAUCAUAAGAGCUCAGACAGCAACAUCACUCUCCCCAAAGGCCAAUCAGAAGAGAAGAACAUCGAGCAAAGUCCAGGAGGUGCCUCGGGAGAGGAGAAGGAAGCUGAAGGGAAAGGUGAAAUGAGCAACGAAGCCACCAGCAUCAAACCACAUCAAACCAAAGUAGACACAGAGCUGUCUUCAGCCAGCAGUAGGAAAAGUUUUAAGGAAGGAGAGCCAGGGAUUCGCAAGGCGUGUAUUAGUGGACAGGAGGGUUGUGCAGAAGUCACCAACUGCAAUGCUAGCACCAGCGACAAAGACAUUUCCAACCCUUGCUCGGCUUUCCAAGAAAAGUUUCUGUACCCGUCUGCCGCUGGCCCACUCACAGGGAUGCCCUACAUGCUCCCCGUGCCAGGAAAUGGACUUCUACCACUCGGACAUCCUAAUAUGUUUCUUAAUGGAGAAGAGAUGUCUUCAUUACAAGAUAUUCGCAAGUGGACAGUUGAUGACGUCUUCAACUUUAUCAGUGAAAUACCAAGCUGCGCUGAAUAUGCACAGACAUUCAAAGACCACAUGAUCGAUGGAGAGACGUUGCCUCUUCUAACAGAGGAGCACCUCCUGGAUACACUGGGGCUAAAGCUUGGGCCGGCGCUCAAGAUACGAUCACAGUUGUCCCGACGGCUGGGUAACAUGUUCUACAACAUGAUGAACUUGCACCUGCCUGUCUCCGGCCUGCAGCCUCCACCUGAGAAGAGCGGGGACAGAUCAUCAGACAUCAGCUCCCCCCUCAACUGCAACAGCGUGGAGCUGCUCAGCAGCCCCAGAGACACAGAGGCCCUUAAAUCUACAGAGCCUGUAAGUGAAGCUGACAACCCCUCACCGACCCAGAUGAGUGAGACCACCUGAGAGAGCUCAACUACUGGACUAUUGGACCUCAAAGCCCUUUACUGUUUUGACACUAACUGACAUUUCUAUAGUGAAUAUACUGAAUCUGAUCAUAUAUUUUUAAAUAUUCAUCACAAAUAUAUUAUGAUCUGUGUAAUGCAAUAGGUUCAAAAUGUGGUUUCCAACAGAGUUAGUGGACUGCUUUUCUACGUAUAUUAUGUAUAUUUUGUAAUAAGUUAGCAAAUCAAUUAGAAAUAAUUUUGUCCUUAUACUUUUGUAUUGUAAAAUUGAUCUUUGGUUUUUACUUCAAACUUGAAUUAUUCUCUAUUGUCAUGUGUUGUUUGCUAUGAAGUAAAUAAAAAUAAUUAUCACUUUGGUCUUUGUUUGUUCAAUUGGUAUGUUUAAAAAAAAUAUUUAAAUACAGCAUUUUCCACAAAAAAAUGCACAAAAUCAAUAGUAUUCUUCUUUUUUUUCAAACAGUGAAAAUACAUUAUUAUGAUAUGUCUGAAUCUAAAUCCCUUGUGAUUUUUGUAACAUCAAACAUCAAAUCCAAU